AUGUCAACUUUCGAUCAUAUUGAAAAUAAAUUUUCAUCAGGCAUUGAUAAUGAAGAAACUGCAUUAUCAACAUAUGAAAACGAGUGUGAAAAAAUGCUCCAUGAAAAUUUAUCUAAUGGGCAAGAUUACUAUUCACAAAAAUUAUUUAUUGCAUUUCAAACUGCAGCAACGAAUGUUACAAAAAUGUUUCGUGAACGCUCGAAUGGGACAAAUAACUGGAAUACUUUUCAUGCAGCAGCUGAAUCUGUUACACUUCUUUAUAAAGAAAGUCUUGAUACUUUAAAGGAUGCUAUUCAACUCGGUAUUAUCAAUGGUGAACAGCAUAAAACUAAAGAGGUUUUACGUUGGACUCGUCGUAAACAACAUCGUCAUAUACGAAGUCAAGAAAUUUCUGAUUAUCUAGUUGAUCGUUCACCUUACCUCUCUGCAUGUCCAACAGAUAUCGGUAGUACAAACACAGGUACUAUGAAUCAAUUUCCAAUUGUCGAUGAUUUACAUACAUUUCGACAAGCACUUGUUAUGGAUGAUGCUGGCAAUGCACAUCAGAUUGGUGCAUCAUCAGAUUGUCAUUCUGAACAGCUUGAAAGUUUUGUUCGGCAACAAGUUGCGAAUCAAUUAGCACGUAAACGUGAUUUUCAUUCGACAGAUUUAUCUAUAAACGACUUUCAGAAGUUGAAACGUGCACGACAUAUGUAA